AACCGAUCUGGGCGGUGUCAUGGCAGCUUCGUCUGGCGCCAGGUCGCCAGUUAAUCAAAUAUGGCCGCCCGCUAGUGGGAUGGGUCGCGUGAAGGCGAUUGUAUUUUAAUAAUUUCUUAUCUCCGUAGUUUCAAGGUGGAUAUAGUUAGCCGCGUAUUGGUCACAAGUCAUCGCCCUACCAUUUCCCCCUUCGAAAGUGAAUAAGAACUCUGAACGACGAGGUUAGAAAUGUUGCAGACUGACGCUCGUUGAUAUCCGCCGUCUUUAAAUAUCCCAACAUGAUCCGUCAAAGUUAACGUCAAGUCCAACUUCGAGUCGUCCGACGCUGGCCUUGCCACGCAACAAUGCGAUGCCUUUUUUCCGUCUGGUCGUAACUUUUGGCAUCAGCCGGUACUCGAUAUGACUCCGCCUCUGAGUCGCAAACGCGGGUCAUCUGUCAGCUUUACUCGAGCAAAAGAUGACGAAGAUACCGGAGGUGAAAUACAAAUAUCCCUUGCCCCUUACAUCCAGACCUACCUGGCCCACAGUGGUCAAGGGUCAGGAUGCUGUGGCAUAGGGUUACCCAUUCCGUUUGAACGAGCCGCGCCAAGAUCCUGGUGGCAUCCUAAAUUUGACUCUGAGAUAUUAGAGGAUCAAUUCAAGAGGAGCGCAUAUCCUCAGAUCAGACUAAGAUUUAGAUACGCUCUUGGCUACAUUCUGCUCCUUUCCCUCUCAUGGCUGGCAUACUUUAUAGUUAUUGGAAUGGAAAGCACCGACACAUCUGUGUGGCCAGCAGGAGCUAGCAUAGCAGGAGUUUUUGGAGCAGUCGGGGCAAUGGCUCUCGCAGUUCUCUACUUCACCCACACUGACUAUUACCGCUUCUACGUAUUGCCAACAUCUUUGCUAGUCGCCUCCGUCUUAUGUUUUUUGUCAUUGCUGUUUGUCGCAUUGGUACCCCCUCAGUCGGACCGACUGACCCGGGUAGGACACUUCGCAUUGUGUACGGAGAUCUUACUUCUAAUAUACACAGUGAUACCUAUGCCACUUUACGCCUGCGUAGGAAUAUGUUCUGUGUACUCGUUUUCGUUUGAAUUUCUCACGGCAUAUUUCUACAACGCUAACCAGAUAACACGGUCUACCGACUACGACGAUAUUAGGUCACAUAACGACUCGUCAAAUCAAAGAUUGGAAUGGAUUACUACGGAAAAAUCUGAUGUAAAUAACUCAAACCUACCAACACUUAUCCAUUCACAUAGCAGCUACUUUGCAUCAAAUUUAAGCAACCCUGCAUCAGCAACCCCUUCCAUAAAUUUGGAAGGAGAUGCCUCGACAUGGAUCAUGAGAAUAUUAAUGCAAGUAUCUAUACACCUGAUCGGCCUUCACAUUUUAAUUAUGACGUUUGUUCGUAUGCGUGGUACAUUCAUGAAAGUUGGACAGUCUUUGCUGGUCCGUCGCCAGCUCGAAAUGGAAAAGCAGUUGAAAGAAAAGAUGAUUCAUUCUGUUAUGCCGCCGAAAGUUGCCAGUUGGUUAAUGGAGGAAAGCGAGCGAGAAAGGGAACGGGAGGACUCGUUAAAAAAAGGCUCUAUACCCUCCAACAACUCUGAUAUAAAUUCGCUCUUUCGUCCCUUCAACAUGCACUCGAUGGAAAACGUCAGUAUUUUAUUCGCUGACAUUGUGGGUUUCACCAGAAUGAGCUCCAAUAAAACUGCCGAGGAACUGGUGGCGAUUUUAAAUGAUUUAUUUGAAAGAUUUGACGAGCUCUGCGCUCAUCACGGGUGUGAGAAAAUUUCAACCUUGGGUGACUGUUAUUAUUGUGUCAGCGGUUGUCCAGAGCCGAGAGCAGAUCAUGCAGGAUGUUGCGUAGAAAUGGGUCUUGCAAUGAUCGAGGCAAUAAAGCAAUUUGACAUCGAGAGGCGAGAGGGCGUUAAUAUGCGUGUUGGAGUACACACUGGAACCGUUCUCUGUGGAAUUGUCGGCACAAAGCGGUUCAAAUUUGAUGUAUGGUCUAAUGACGUUACACUAGCAAAUAAACUUGAAAGUACCGGAAAGCCCGGCAGGGUGCAUCUCAGUGAGGCAACAAUGCGUUUUCUUGGAGAUAUAUAUCUAACCGAGGAUGGCGAUGCUGUCAAUGGAGUCAAGUCUUACUUCAUAAGAGGUCGAAAAGCGGAUCUUGUUACACAAUUCAUGACGAACAUUAAUAAAGCGGGCCAAAGUCCAACACCUUCGUCAUCGCCACCAGCACCACACAAUACUCGUCUUCGACUAGCCUCGUGCACCAAUCAAGUAAAAUCUCCACGUCCCCAUUAUUUGCACAUGGUCACAAGCCCCGCAAGCUAUCGGAUAAAAGCAAACUCACUACCCAGUAUACUUGAUUCGGACAACGACGGGGAUACCGGGGAUGAGAAAGAUGACCUCAACAAAAGUCCUACCUCAAUAGCUAGUUAUGGAAAGAAAAAAGUUAAGCAAAAACCUUGGCGAUAUUUACAAAGGCAAAGGACGACAGAGGAAAUGACUCCACUGGAUAAGGGUGAAGGUAGCGAAGAGAUUACACCAUCUGUUAAAUCGUCCCGGGUACCCACUACACAUUACGAGAAAUCUACAAACGGGUAUUAUGAUCAGCUAGCAUUGGCUAAUGGGAUUGAGAGUGAUCCGAUGCCAGUAUCGAAUUUGCUACUUAAUCCAAGCCAAGAUCCAGCGAGUCAAGCACCAUCAAUUUGUAGUAGAAAAGAUUCUGGGAUUCGUAGUACCAGUAGGCGUAGCAGUAUUCAGCAACAGCUGUUCCUGAUGAACGGGAUGGCCCAGGGAGACAUAUUGGGGCACAGGGUCAGUGGUUAUUACACGUCUAGCCAAUCAACGUUAAAUUCUACCCAAGAUCAACCCGCCUCUGCCCCCCAAUAUCCAUCUGCGUCCGUGGUAACAGACAGUUUUGGUGCCUGCUUUCAUAAACUUAGAAAACAAUCCGACCUACAGUUGAUCAGAUGUGUCCAGGACAACGUGAGCUCGCAGCGUUCAUACUUCGUAAAACCCCCAUUGUCGAGCCUAACGCUGUUUUUCAAAAAUAAAGAAUUGGAACAGGAGUACCGGGAAACAGCACACAAGUCCAGCGAAGGUGUUGGCGACAAUCCGCCAACGUUGGCAACAUCCAGAUUCAACACAUAUUUCGACAUAUUAAUAUCAGCUCUGGUGUUUACCUCGGUCACUAUAUCCUUAUUCCUGUUGUAUCCACCUACGACAUACUACAUUGUAUUCUCAACGUUAGCUACUUUAAUCCACCUAUUUGCCGUUUCUUUGUGCAUAAGGCAAAUUUUGCAUCCCAAUACGACGCACACAACGUUUACACAAAAGAUAUUCAAAUUUUUCUCAAAAUGGCAUCCCUGGCAUAUAUGCGGGGGUGUGCUCGUCAGCUUGCCGAUUAUUUCGAUUUUAAUAAACCUCACCCGCGACACGAUUUUCAUGCAACAGAACCAUAUCGAGUAUUACUACAGCUAUUUGGUGUUUGUUGGCUUGGUACAUUUUUGUAAUUUCACGCAACUCAAUUGCUGGAUGAAGAACUUGCUCGUUACGCUUACAGGGUUAGUGUUUAUAGGCUUAAUUGCUACUCACAUAUCUACUUACGACGACCAUGAUGAUGGAAAUCUGUUACCCCAGAAUAACGAAGAACGUCUUUAUGAAUCUGAAAUUUAUUUGGACAUGGUGUUACUUCUCCUUCUCGUAUGGUUUCUCAAUCGUGAAUUUGAAAUCAGUUAUAGACUGAGCUUUCACGGAAAUGCGGUUGCAGCAAGGGACAAGGCUAGGGUUCAGUCAAUGAAGAAUCAGGCUGACUGGCUCCUGCAUAACAUUAUACCAAAGUAUGUAGCCGAUCAAUUAAAGACUACUGCAAAAUAUUCUCAAAACCACAAGUCUGUCGGAAUCAUAUUUGCAAGUAUUGUCAAUUUCAAUGAGCUCUACGACGAAUCUUAUUUGGGGGGAAAAGAAUACCUUCGCGUGCUGAACGAACUUAUUGGCGAUUUUGACGAACUUCUUGAAAAGUCGGAAUUUUCAAACGUGGAAAAAAUCAAAACAAUCGGCAGUACAUUUAUGGCUGCGAGUGGUUUGAAUCCUCAGGUACGGCAACAAAACGAGCACAAGUGCACUCAUUUGUUUCAACUCUUGGAAUUCGCGGUAGCGAUGCAUAAAGUUAUCUACGAUUUCAAUAGAGAUCUCCUUGGAUUUAAAUUGAUAUUAAGGAUUGGAUAUAAUUACGGGGAUGUAACUGCUGGUGUGAUCGGUGCUACAAAGUUGUAUUACGAUAUAUGGGGGGAUGCAGUAAACAUAGCGUCUCGCAUGGAUUCAACUGGUGUUGCAGGAAGAAUACAAUUGGCAAGUAAUUGCUUGGACGUACUUGCAGGGAGAUAUGAUUUCGAACCAAGGGGACAGGUAUAUGUAAAGGGUAAAGAUAAUAUGGAUGUGUUUUUAUUGAUCGUCAAAGGUGCGGAAGGCGAUAGUUGAAAGUUAUUAAUAAAUGUUUUCGAUGAUAUUUUAAGGUAAAAGUUAUUCAAUCCUUACUGUGAAUCUAAGUUUCACUGACCCAGGUGUCCGAUUUCUUUCACCAGCCCAGCGUCCGUUGCAUCGGGAGAUGUUUGUGCAAGAGACGCCAAAGCUCGAAUAGGGUUGUCACGAAUUACAACUUUCAGGAUCUCCUAAUUAACUCAGGUUGUGCAUGCAAAAAUUUUGCCAUUUUCGUAUGACUGUAGUAGCGAUAGCUUACAUUAUGCGACAGUAAUGUUCAUUCCAAGUAAAACUAUCUCAGAUAGUAAAGGAGUGGUACCUUGGCUCUUGCUGUGGCAUUCCAGGAAAGCGUGGAUCUCAUUUGCAAAUUGCAACAUGAAUUAAGUUUAAGCAUCGAUGACUGGUAGAAAAAAGUAGAUUGUCACAAUAAGUGAGCAAGUAGUUCUAAGAAUGUCGACACAUUUUUAAUUCCGAGUUUUUCCAGGUUUAUAACAACCCUGAGAACCUGUACCAAGGAAAGAACUACCUUGUACCUUAAACCUUACACGUAGUGCAUACAACCUUGCUCAAUUGUAUCGAUCGGUCUAUAAAUUUAUCAGAUCAUUAGUGUUUUUUUUUCAUCUGUAUGGUUCGAAAGAGUUCCUACGUGAAUAUUCCUUCCAAUUUUCCUAUGAGAUGAGUUUGUGUGUGUGCAUGUAUCUGCCUGUGGCUGCGUGAUGCUGGGCACAUGGCAUACUUUUGCUUUUAUAUUUCCGGGUGUCGCUUUGCAAGACUAUAUAUUCUGUGGUCACAUUGUCUCUAGUUUCAAAUGGCUGUCAUUACUAUUGGAAGACUCGAAGGUUCAUUUGUUUCCAAUAUAGAAAAACAUCAUCUUGGAAUUGGGUAAUCUGAGCGCCUCUAUUGUUAUCAAGCCACGGACAUCCAGUGUAUUAUCACGAGUCCAAUUGCUGGGAUUUUUUUCUAGAUAGGAGUACAGAUGGGAGUUCAAAAAACGUUGAACAGAUAUUUAAAAAUUUAGUUCAACAGAGUGAUAAAAUUCUAUUGGUGCGUAAUAUAUGUAUGUACAAUUAUUCUUCAAAUCUGACAUCAAUGUCAAGGCGAAGAAUAUUAUAAUUACAAAAGUGCCUUGAAGAUUAUGACAACUUUGAAAGUUAGAUAAUUACGACAUAUUCACUUCUUCAGCUUGACAAUAUUAUCAGAUUUACACAUGUAUUAUUACAGUCUGCAAUGAAAUGAAGCCUAUCGCAAAUACCUUAACGGUUUUUCAUUCAUUUCAAAUAGAAACUAUAGUACAACUAUGCAGAAUAGAAUUCAGUUGCAUGAAAUUAAUUGUGAUUCUAAAUAGGCUGCACUGACUGCGGCGAUACAUGUAUUUCAGAUUCGCCCAUAACCAGUAUUUGUUGAAAAGUGACAAAAAUACACUCGCUGCAGUCAAUGCAUCCCAAAUGCAAUCGCCGCAAGUACAUACCUAUUGUAGCUUCAAAAUAAGACCAAUAAAACGAUUUAUGAUGAUUGAAGCGUAUAAUAGUACUAUUUAUGUCUGUGUAUGCUGAGGCAAUAAACUGUAACUAAAUACUCAAUUGUAAAGUUUAUGCUUUUUAUGAAUAUAUGUGUGAUGUGUAAUAAUAUGUACAUAUAAUGAGGUUGGAGGCUAGGUCAAUUGAUCUAUCAAAAUGUGGGAUCAUGUACCUGAGUCACACGCGUUCUGUGUAAUUAUUAUAUAAGUUAGCUACAAGACAGAUUAACGAGAUUUGGAAUGGCCAGUAUUCAUUUUCACAGUUCUCAUUUUUAUUGCUAGUCCGACAGUAGAGAUUAGGAUACCCGCUGGACGUGUACCAAAAUGGCCCAUAUUUAAUCACAGUAAACAUUUAAUCACUCAAACGUUCUUCUGCGCAUCGUUCCAUAUUUUGACAUGAUUAAUAUGUAACAUGAGCUGUGAUCGUGCCUGUAAUACAAAUGUAAAGGAAUGUUUAUUUUGUAUAGUGUAAAUUCAACUAAUAUAUCCAGAUAUGUGUGGCUAGUUUGUAAUGCGAAUAAUUAGAUAAUAUAUUUUUUAAAAAUGCACAAUCUCAUUUGUAUUUUCCUGCCCCCUUCCGUGAUUUGAACA